CGGGGCGGGGCGGGGCUAUGGAGAGGAGGAGGAAGAUGGCGGGCGGGCGGCUCUGAGGAGAUCUCGGCGGCGGCGGAGGAGGAGAGAAGCGCAGCGCCGCGCCGCGCCGGGGCCCAUGUGGGGAGGAGUCGGAGUCGCUGUUGCCGCCGCCGCCGCCGCCGCCUCUGCUUGUAGCUGCUGGACCCGAGUGGGAGUGAGAGGGAAACGGCAGGAUGAAGUUCGCCGAGCACCUAUCCGCGCACAUCACUCCCGAGUGGAGGAAGCAGUACAUCCAGUAUGAGGCUUUUAAGGAUAUGCUGUAUUCAGCUCAGGACCAAGCACCUUCUGUGGAAGUUACAGAUGAGGACACAGUAAAGAGGUAUUUUGCCAAGUUUGAAGAAAAAUUUUUUCAAACCUGUGAAAAGGAACUUGCCAAAAUCAACACAUUCUAUUCAGAGAAGCUCGCGGAGGCUCAGCGCAGGUUUGCUACACUUCAGAAUGAGCUUCAGUCAUCACUGGAUGCGCAGAAAGAAAGCACUGGUGUUACUACGCUGCGACAACGCAGAAAGCCGGUCUUCCACUUGUCCCAUGAGGAGCGUGUCCAACAUAGGAACAUUAAAGACCUUAAACUGGCCUUCAGCGAGUUCUACCUCAGUCUUAUCCUGCUGCAGAACUAUCAGAAUCUGAAUUUUACAGGGUUUCGAAAAAUCCUUAAAAAGCAUGACAAGAUCCUGGAAACAUCUCGUGGAGCAGAUUGGCGAGUAGCUCAUGUGGAAGUGGCCCCAUUUUAUACAUGCAAGAAAAUCAACCAACUCAUCUCUGAAACUGAGGCUGUAGUGACCAAUGAACUUGAAGAUGGUGACAGACAAAAGGCUAUGAAGCGUUUACGUGUCCCUCCUUUGGGAGCUGCUCAGCCUGCACCAGCAUGGACUACUUUUAGAGUUGGCCUAUUUUGUGGAAUAUUCAUUGUAUUGAAUAUUACCCUCGUGUUUGCCGCUGUAUUUAAACUUGAAGCAGAUAGAAGUAUAUGGCCCUUGAUAAGAAUCUAUCGGGGUGGCUUUCUUCUGAUUGAAUUCCUUUUUCUACUGGGCAUCAACACGUAUGGUUGGAGACAGGCUGGAGUAAAUCAUGUGCUCAUUUUUGAACUUAAUCCGAGAAGCAAUUUGUCUCAUCAACAUCUCUUUGAGAUUGCUGGAUUCCUCGGGAUAUUGUGGUGCCUGAGCCUUCUGGCAUGCUUCUUUGCUCCAAUUAGUGUCAUCCCCACAUAUGUGUAUCCACUUGCCCUUUAUGGAUUUAUGGUUUUCUUUCUUAUCAACCCCACUAAAACUUUCUAUUAUAAAUCCCGGUUUUGGCUGCUUAAACUGCUGUUUCGAGUAUUUACAGCCCCCUUCCAUAAGGUAGGCUUUGCUGAUUUCUGGCUGGCCGAUCAGCUGAACAGCCUGUCAGUGAUACUGAUGGACCUGGAAUAUAUGAUCUGCUUCUACAGUUUGGAGCUCAAAUGGGAUGAAACUAAGGGCCUGUUGCCAAAUGAUUUAGAAGAACCAGGAAUUUGCCACAAAUAUACAUAUGGUGUGCGGGCCAUUGUUCAGUGCAUUCCUGCUUGGCUUCGCUUCAUCCAGUGCCUGCGCAGAUACCGAGACACUAAAAGGGCCUUUCCUCAUUUAGUUAAUGCGGGCAAAUACUCCACAACUUUCUUCAUGGUGACGUUUGCAGCCCUUUACCACACUCACAAAGAACGAGGUCACUCAGACACCAUGGUGUUCUUUUACCUGUGGAUCAUCUUUUGUAUCAUCAGUUCCUGCUAUACCCUCAUCUGGGAUCUGAAGAUGGACUGGGGUCUGUUUGAUAAGAAUGCUGGAGAAAACACUUUCCUCCGGGAAGAGAUUGUAUACCCUCAAAAAGCCUACUACUACUGUGCCAUAAUAGAGGAUGUGAUACUGCGCUUUGCUUGGACUAUCCAAAUCUCAAUUACCUCUACAAGUUUGAUACCUCGUUCUGGGGACAUCAUUGCUACUGUCCUUGCCCCCCUCGAGGUUUUCCGGCGAUUUGUAUGGAACUUCUUCCGCCUGGAGAAUGAACAUCUGAAUAACUGUGGUGAAUUCCGUGCUGUGCGAGACAUUUCUGUGGCCCCCCUGAAUGCAGAUGAUCAAACACUCCUAGAGCAGAUGAUGGACCAGGAUGAUGGGGUACGAAACCGCCAGAAGAAUCGGUCAUGGAAGUACAGCCAGAGCAUAUCCCUGCGCCGGCCUCGCCUUGCUUCUCAAUCCAAGGCUCGUGACACUAAGGUAUUGAUAGAAGACACAGAUGAUGAAGCUAACACUUGAAUUCUCUGAAGUCUAGAUUAACAUCAUUGGUUUUCCUACUCUACAAUUCUUUCCUCGACCAACGCAACCUCUAGUACCUUUCCAGCUGAAAACAGGAGAAAACACAUAACACAUUUUCCGAGCUCUUCCAGAUCGGAUCCUAUGGACUCCAAACAAGCUCACUGUGUUUCUUUUCUUUUCUUCUGGUUUAAUUUUAAUUUUCUAUUUUUAAAACAAAUAUUUACUUCAUUUUGCCAAUCAGAGGAUGUUUUAAGGAACAAAAACAUAGUAUCUUAUGGAUUGUUUACAAUCACAAGGACACAGAUACAUAUCAAGAUGAAGAACAGGCAUUGCAAGGACCCUGUGAUGGGAUGGUUCCGAGAUGGCUCGGCUUUCGCUAGGCCCGGUUUUGACUGGUUGAAACCGGACAUUGGUUUUUAAAUUUUUUGUCAGUUUAUGUGGAGAAUUUUUUCCUUUCCUUCAUAUCCAGCGCAAAGGCACUGGCCGCACUUGCAGGAAAAGUGCAACUUAGAGCAGUACCUUCAUUCAUGAAGCUACUUUUUAAUUUGAUGUAACUUUUCUUAUUUUGGGGAGGGUUGCUGGGUGGGUGGGAAAUACGAUGUAUUUGUUACAUACAGUUUUCUCAUUAUUUAUGAAACUUAACCAUAAGAGAAUGAGAUGGCGCCCGUGCAAUGCAGGUGGUAUCAGUGAAAGAAGACAGGGGAAACUAAUGUUGGAUGACAUUUGUGACGGUCAGUCCCACAUCACAUACCUUUUUUGGGAGACAAUUUGCACCAGUUUGACUUUUUCUUUCUUUCUUUUUAAUUUUAAGCCAAAGUUUCAUUACUGACUUUUUAAGUUGCUGCUGCAUUAGAGUCCUGAGCACAUCUCUCCUAACGAGGCAUCCCCACACUUCCAUACCACCAGUUGAACUUCAUAGAAGAGGUUCUCAUACUUCUUAAAUUUUUUAUGGAGCAGAUGUGGAAUACAUUUGCCAUAUUUCAGCUGUAACAACUAAAGUUAUGCCUUACUAUGUUUCAGCAUGUAGGGUAAUUGUAGUGUAACCUUUGCUAACUCUGAAUUAGAAGACAGCUAUUUCAGAAACUCCACACCCUCAUUAGAUAGUUCUUCUGAGCUCAACCACUUUAGCCAGAAUUUGAUCAAAUUAAAAGUCUAUUGUGGGGAAACCGUAUUUUGGAGUGCAUGGAACAAAUUAUCCUUCCUCUUUCACGUUACAUUGAUACAAAAGACCUUGGCAGCCAUUUCUCCCAGCAGUUUUCAAGAUGAACAUUUAAUUUCAUGCCUUCCCAUGAUAGAAAGCCUGUUUUUAAAUUUUUGGGGGUCUAAACUUGGUCAUACAUAAAAAGUAUAUUUCUUAGAAAUUUCAGACUAUUAUGAUCUAUCCACAAUGCCCAUUUUCACUUGUUUGUCUUAUUUCUUCCCUGUGUUCCUUAAUCAUCCAAAUAAGCCCUAAAACCAUAGGGAUUUUAUUUUCUUGAAUAUGGUCGAUAUUAAAUUUAACAUUUUGUUAUCUAACAAAAUUAAUGUAAAUUCCAGGAAAAAGAUAAAGUGUGUUUCACUGCUCCCCACCCCCGACCCAGAUGAAGAUUUCAAAGUCAACAUCAGCAGAUUCAUGAAAGUAAAUUUACUUCUGUUGUUUUCAGCUUAAUUAUAGACAAAGAAAUAAGUAAGUGGAAGGGCAGCUAUUAUCACUUGCUUAGUUUUAAAAACAUGUGGUUACUGCCCUUUAAUACAGUCCUUUUGUCAUCAGCUCUUCUCCCAUGUGUUACAAGUCUUUACUCAUCCCUGUCAUAAUUCCAGUAGAUUAUAGUAAAGUUACUGUUACUACCAAAAUUUUAUCAGUUAACUGACAAAUGGUUUCUUUUUAAAGAAGUUUCUUCCAUCUUUAUUCUGACAAGCUUCCAAAUUUGUUCCCUUUUUGAAUCGAUUUUUUUUUUUUUCCCUGAAAAAAAUCAUACAACUUUGUGGCUUCUAGUGUUUUUUUGGUGUGUUUUGCCAAGUGUGUCCCUUGGCCCAUAACUGAAGAGGAAACGUUUAAUUAUUGCUGUUUUUUUUUUUUUAGUUUAAAUAAAUUGAAUCAUUUAUAAUAAUCAGUGGUAACAAUUUAGUGACCCUUGGUAGAUUAAAGGUUGCAUUAUUUAUACUUUGGAUUUUUUUUCCUAACUAUUCUGGGUUUUAUACUUUAAAACUAUGGGGGAAAUAUCACUGGUCUGUCAAGAAAUAGCAGUCAUCAUUGCUGAGUUACAUAAAGAAGUCCAGUGGACCAGUCAUUUCUUGUGCAAAUAAACUUGGUGGUACUAAUGUGUA